AUGCUGCCGCACCUGGCAAGCCAUCGUCUUCGUCACCGCUGCGGGGUGAGUGAGCUCCCGCAGCAUCAGGUGCAGCGUGACAACUGCGAGCAUCUGAAAGCUGCCAACCUGGAGAACCAACGGCUCAUUGCAAAGCACCCGAGCCGAAAUCGUGCGCGGAGCUUUCUGCCAAGCACCCCAGAAAGUUUUCUGAGGUGCGAUGAGCUGGAGGUUUUGCUAGAGAAGGCAGCGACAGAGAACCAGCGGCUUCUGGCAGAGAACAUAUCCACGGAGCUGAAGCAUGAGAACCUGAAGCAGAUUGCCACAACAUCGUGGCAGAGGUGCAAGGCGGCGGAGCGAGAAGCCGAGGAGGUGCUCUGGGAGACAAGCGCGGAUCUGGAACAGAGGGUGCAAUUCCUGGAGGAGGCAAGGGGAAUCAUCGCGGAUCUGGAGGAGCUGGCAGCUCAAAAGGCCGUGUUGGCCAAAGAGGCUGCAGUCCAACGCCUGGUGACAUCUGAUGUGGAGAACAAGAAGUAUGUGCAAGCCAUGGCCCUUGACUCCGUUGACCAUCUUGCAGAAGUAAGUGAACUCACCAACCGCCGCUUCUGCUUGUGUUUCUACCGGGUGGAGGCUUUGGCCAUGCAGGAUGAAGAUGAGCAGCUGAAGGCUCAGUUCACAGCUGGUCUGGCCAAGCUGAAGGACCUGGUGAAGUGCCAGGAAGAGCCGGUAGACAUCAUCGGCACAACUGUGCUCUCGCAGUGGCAAUUCAAGUCGCGAAAUGCUUGCCAGAUUGCAAUCAGCUUCAUCUCGGCUCUGUCUAGCCUGAAGAAACUUUCAACGUUCUUGGCCUCUUACUGGCAGAACACUGGAUCAUGCAAGCGUCCAAGCAUACUUAGCCAUGUUGUGUACCGGCCAGCUGAGACAUGUUGGUUCUCUGACGCGCAGUCAUUCUGGCGAAGCACUCGACACAUGCUGCGCAGCAAAAGAAGCAUCGAAGUUCAGUUCGAUCAUGUCAGCGUGGACUGGCAAUUUGCGCAGCUGGACACCAAGCUCCUUCGGCUGUGUGAGCUGGAAUGGGAGCUGUCGGGCGCAGUUCUACACGCCCAAGACCUUGGCAACGAGCUGAUGCUUGCUGCUAUGCAGUGGCAUUCAUUUGAAGGCGAUAGCACGGUGCAGCCGCAGCUUCAGCCGUCUUUUUUCGAGAGCUUUCUGGGCGAUCGGAGCACCCCGAGAUCUGGCACGCCCAAACUGCCGGAAAAGACUUUGACCUCCUGCAGUCAGCCUGAUCGCAGGCUGAGUGGUUCAACGGGAGUACCGGACACGGAAUCGGACUUAGAGUCCGAAAGCGAAAGCAACCCUGCGCUCAACUUUGCGAACGCGCAGGAUAGCAGCUUGGAGUGUCAGAACGGUCACCGCAAGGCGUUCCUGAACAGGGCCGCCGAAGCAGACUGGUAUGUGGACCAGGCGUGCGGGUGUUUGGCGUCACGCCUGGAGGUUGCCAGUCCUGAGCAGGUGCAAGCUGCGCGGGCUGAUGGUGUUGAUUACGCGCCUGAUGGCAAGGAUUCGCCUGGAGCGCUCUGGGCCGACGCACAGGAAUUUCGCCCGCCAAGGGUGCAGAUAGUGCAGAUGCUCAAAGAUGAGAUCGGUCGCCGAGAUGAAGAGGUUUGCCAAACAGACUGGCCAAGCGACUACGACCGUUGCAAUAGCUGCGAGGGAGUGCCCCCCAUCGUGCAGUCCGCGGAAAGCUACACUCUUUCACAGGAGGCGUCCCCGCCCGACAGGCAAAACGCAAGCGCCCUGGUGCAAGAAUAUCGGGAGCAGAAGGACGAGGCUACACGUAAGAGUUGGUUGCGCAAGCUCUCGAAGGCGCAGAAAGAGCUGCUGAAGGCUGGUUUCAGCAGUUGUUACAGUGUGACUCACUAUACGAGCCAAUGGAUGCGCAUCCACGAUGCAACCGCACCCACGCCGGCCCAAGUGAUCACGUCCAUGCUUCCAGAGCAUUAG